AUUCAACAAAAAGUAAUUAAUCCGUUCAUCGUCCCUAUAUAUCAAUCCAACUUUCUUCUACUCUUCUUAAUUAUCAUCAAUCCAAUCCACAGCAACUUCAAUUUAUACUCACCAUCACCACCAUUAGAGAACAAAGAAUCACUUACUUGCACAAACAAGACAAGAUGGUGCUAGGAUGGAGAAGAGCUUUUUGUACAUCAAUCUCUCGAGAAACCACUAUGGAAGACCUCGAGUAUGAUCAUCAUCAUCAUAGCAUUGACAACACAUCCAGUUCAUCUACCACUCCAAAACUGAGCACCAGAUUUGGGUUUUUUACAUCUUCAUCGAAUCCUUCUACACCUCGACUCCGAUCUCACUCUAGUUCUAGCCCUAGCCUCCGGUGCCGGACCAGUCGAACCACAGCCACCGUGCCAGCUCCACCGCGAUCAGCGCCUCUCAGUCCAAAACUUCAAUGCGAAACUAAUUACAACAGUCCACGUGGCUUUCUCCGGUCAUCAAAUCCGUCGUCGCCGCGUUCUCCGUCGCCGUUUUCGUUUCUCAAAUCCGGUUUACGUCUUUGCACGCGUAGGUGUGGAUUAUGCUUGCAGAGCGUGAAGAAAGGGCAAGGAACGGCGACGUUCACGGCGGAGUGUUCACACACUUUUCAUUUUCCGUGCAUUUCCGAUCACGUGAAGAAGCAAGGGAGCUUAGCAUGUCCGUUGUGCAGCUGUUUGUGGAAAGAGAUGCCUAUGCUAGCUGUAAACGAUCAGAAUCAUCAGAAAUACAAGUUCGUUGAUGAAGAAAUGACGAGAGAAAAGCUGGCAACAAGAUUUGUAGAUGACGUUAUCGGUAGAGACGAAUCUCCGAAACGGAAUUUGUUACGUUCAGAUUUGAAAGUUUAUAACGAUGAUGAACCGUUGGCGUCGUUGACGCCAAAAGCUCGGUUUAAUCCGAUUCCUGAAUCUGAUGAAAACUGUGAUGAAGAUUGUGUUGGAACAUUUCAAGGUUCUUGUUUUAAUGGCGGUUAUUCCAGUCCUGUUAACGAUCAUGUUAAGGACGUUGAAGUUCGUUUGUUACCGGAGGCAGCGUUGAUCGCUGUUACUCGUAGACAUGAGACGUACGCGAUUGUGUUGAAAGUAAAAGCUCCUGAAGCACCGGACAACAUCCGACUAAGAGCUCCGAUUGAUUUGGUGACAGUAGUAGAUGUUAGCGGCAAAAUCACAAACGAAAAGCUGCAGAUGAUUAAAAAAGCAAUGAGAUCUAUCGUGUUAUCACUCUCGUCAUCAGACAGGUUAUCAAUCGUCGCAUUUUCAUCACACUCCAAACGGUUAUUACCUUUAAGAAGAAUGACAACCAGCGGCCGCCGCUCCGCCCGUCGCAUCGUGGAGGCGAUGGCGGUUAUCGACGGUUGUUCAAACUCAAAAGACGCUGUAAAAAAAGCCGUGAAAGUUCUAGAAGACCGCCGUGAGAAAAAUCCUGUCGCCACCGUCCUCCUCCUCUCCGACGUCACAAAUCAACCGUCAGAUUCAUCCGUUUCAUCGGUUCGUUAUCCGCACUCGCGAAUCGACAUUCCGAUACAUUCUGUUAAACUAAACAUAACGGAAGACCACGUGUUCGCGAAAUUCAUCGGAAAUUUACUAACCGUGGCGGUUGAGGAUCUCCGGCUGCAGUUAGGAUUCUUCGCCGGUUCAUCACCGGCGGAGAUCACGGCGGUUUAUUCACGAAUACCGCAACCUAUCGUUCUCGGAUCAAGCACCGUCCGGAUCGGCGAUUUAUCUGCCGACGAAGAGAGAGAAAUACUGGUGGAACUGAAACUACCAUCGUCUACGUGUAGGUCCCAGAGAGUACUAUCCGUGCAAUGCUGUUACAACGAAUCAUCAACUCAACAAAUCAUCUACGGUAAACAACACGGUUUACUCGUGCCUCGUCUCAACACCGUUAGAUCGUCGUCUCCAACGAUCCAACGGUUGAGGAACGUUUUCAUUUCGACUCGGGCGUUAGCCGAGUCGCGCCGUCUAAGGGCGCGAAAUGAUUUAAAUGGUGCGUAUCAUAUGCUUGUUUCGGCUCGUGCGUUAAUGCGACAGUUAAGCUCGGCUUCUGAUGAUGAGUUUAUGCUUGGGUUAGAAGCCGAGCUGAGUGAGGUGCAACGACACCGCAAGGUUGUUCAUUAUACGGAUGAGAAAGGUGAGCCGUUGACGCCGACGUCGGCUUGGAGAGUGGCUGAUAAGCUGGCUAAAGUGGCAAUGAUGAGAAAGUCGGUCAAUAGAGUCAGCGACUUGCACGGCUUUGAAGAUGCCAGAUUCUGAUUAAAAUUUUAAAAAAAUAUAUAUUUACAGUUUGAAAUUUACAAUUUGCACCCUUGAAGAAUUGAAAGGUGUUCAAAAAUGGGAAAUAAUUGUUGUGGGUGGAGUAAGGAUAAUAUGGACAAAGAGUACCCGACGGCAGGAGCCUUUUUAUGUUUUCAGUAAUCGAUUGAAGAAUACAAAAGAGAUUGAUUGUGAAAAGCUUUAGAAAGGUGGGGGGCCUAUAUGUACUUUUGUCUUUUUUCUAGAGUUCUUUUUUUUUUUAAUUCGUAUUAUUAGUUAGUUGUAUAUUAUAUGAGAUUAAAAUCUAAGACGAUUAAAUGUCAACCGUAUUAAAUUAAUUAGAUUUAUAACUAUUAUUGUUGA